CGACGCCAUUGACGAGCUUAAACAUUACUCUUCCACCCGAAUUUAUAAGAACUUCAAAUACUUUUAAGCAGGAAAGACACAUUUAAGGGGUUUUUUUGCUACGAUAAAAAAAUCUCAAAUCCAUUAGAUUUGGAUUUUUCCAGUUCAACACCAGCGAAGCUUCUGACAAUUCAACCGGAAUUUGGAUUCUUAAUCUGAAUUCUGACUUCACUACCUUUCCGUGAAAACGACAGAGAAGAAAUAUGGUACAGUGAGAGAUAUUUGUGCCUUUUCUGGUAUUAUCCGGGAUUCAUGAAUAAUGGAUAUGUUUUCUGUGCUUUACAUGGUGGUGGGGUUUGGGAGAGAACAAAGAAACAAUGCCAGUCCGUUGAGAAAUUGUGAUGGUAUUUGGUACUGUUUGCCUAUUGGAACAAUGGGUAUUUAGUGUUUUGUGUAAUUGGAGGAGUGAUUGAGAGAGAACGAAAGAAAAAAGGGAGAUCAAUGGGGGCAAUUGGAGAAGAAGAGUUGAUGAAGUGGGAAAAUAUGCAAGGUCUGGCGCGUGGUCAUGAGGAGAAGAUCCUAGUAUUGGUGAGGUUAAGGCCUUUGAGUGAAAAGGAGAGUGCGAGGAAUGAAGUUGCAGACUGGGAAUGCAUCAACGAAACCACCAUUUUGUACCGGAAUAGUCUCCAAGAGCGAUCUGGGCUUCCAACAGCGUAUACAUUUGAUGGAGUAUUUGGGGGUGACUGCUCAACGAAGCAUGUAUAUGAGGAAGGAACAAAGGAGAUUGCUCUUUCAGUUGUCAGUGGUAUCAACUCAACUAUUUUUGCAUAUGGGCAAACAAGCAGUGGAAAGACAUACACCAUGAAUGGGAUAACAGAGUAUACAGUGGCAGAUAUAUAUGACUACAUACAAAGGCAUGAAGAAAGAGCAUUUGUUUUGAAGUUUUCGGCAAUUGAGAUCUACAAUGAAGUUGUGAGAGACCUCCUCGGCAGAGAUGAUACUCAACUCAGGCUUCUAGAUGAUCCGGAAAAAGGGACUAUAGUAGAGAAACUCGCAGAGGAAACUCUGAGGGAUUGGAGUCAUCUCAGGGAGCUCUUGUCAAUCUGUGAAGCUCAAAGACAAAUAGGGGAGACCUCUCUGAAUGAAACAAGCUCUAGAUCUCAUCAAAUUCUUAGAUUGACAAUUGAAAGUUCUGCUCGUGAGUUUUUAGGGAAGGACAAGUCAACAACCCUUUCAGCUAGUGUGAAUUUUGUUGAUCUGGCUGGGAGUGAGCGGGCAUCGCAGGCACUAUCAGUUGGGCAAAGAUUGAAAGAAGGCUGCCACAUCAACCGUAGUUUAUUGACUUUGGGAACUGUUAUUCGCAAACUAAGCAAGGGAAGACAUGGACAUGUUAACUACAGAGAUUCUAAGCUAACUCGUAUACUGCAACCCUCCUUGGGAGGCAAUGCUAGAACUGCCAUAAUUUGCACCUUGAGCCCGGCACGAAGCCAUGUUGAGCAAUCUAGAAAUACGCUAUUGUUUGCUACUUGUGCGAAGGAAGUGACAACGAAUGCACAAGUCAAUAUAGUGAUGUCUGAUAAGGCAUUGGUGAAGCAUUUACAAAAAGAGGUGGCUAGAUUGGAAACUGAGUUAAGAACUCCAGGCCCUGCUUGUGAUUAUGCAGCAUUGCUGAGAAAGAAAGAUCUGCAGAUCGAGAAGUUGGAGAAAGAGGUGAGAGAGCUAACUAAGCAACGGGAUCUUGCCCAAUCUCGGGUUGAGGAUUUACUACGAGGGGUUAGAAAUGAUCAUUCUUCAGGACAAUGGGAUGAGCUUAGUCAUAAUGCUAAAUUUCAAGAAAAGAACACAUGGGAAGAUGAGAGUUCAGUAUCAGAGGCAUCUUGUGGAACUGAUCGUCAUUGUUUGGACGUUGCUGUCAAGAAGAAAAAGUUCAAUGACGCAACUCAGUCUUCUAACAAAAACAACAGAAGGCUUUCAGAAGAUGAGGGAGACCAUUCUCUGUUCGGUGGAACUUCUUCAUCACUAUCGGAUAGUAGAAAUUUUGGUAGAUCUGAUAGAUGUCGGGGUAAGGAGGAGUUUGUACUAGAAACUGGAGAAAGUUCUGAUGACAUCUGCAAGGAAGUUCGAUGUAUUGAGGUGGAUGAGUCCAGCAACGUCCAAACAUCUGAAUCCGUUGCCUUAUCUAGUGGUGAGAACGAAAGAAGAAUGUCAACGUUGGCGGUGUCUGGUAAUGGUCGGAUGACAGAUCAAGAAUUGGUCUCAUCCUUUCAUGGAGAAGUCAGUGGUAUUCAAAAUGGUUUCAUGUAUGGAGCGUUGGAGCAGAAAAUCCGAGGCGUGCAAAAGACCUUUAGCUCUCUAACCAGCCAUUACCCUGAUGAACCAUCUCCAUGGGCCAUGGGAACUGACAUGCCAGGUUCUAGUAGCCUGAAGUUGACUAGGAGCCAUAGUUGUAGGGCCAAUCUCAUGGCUGGCUCAUUGCAAUCAGACUUUGAGACUGUAGAACAUAGUGAGAGGACCCCACUUAAUGGGUUUGAGAGAAACUUUCCAGGAAGACCAGAAGGCCACCAAAGGAAGCAUUGGAUGCGUCCUCCAUUGAAUUAUGAUGGCAAUACUGCAAGGUUGUCAAGAAAUGAUUCGCAAUCCUCCAUUGGCAGUGCUUUCAUGGAUGAACAAAAAUCUCAGCAUCAGAUCGCCGGAGAUGAGGACAUUCCUACCAUUGGUACUUUUGUUGCAGGACUGAAAAAAAUGGCCAACCUUCAGUAUGAGACCGAAUUUCUUGAUGAUCAGGUUCAAGAGACAGAACCAACAACUGAAAAGUCUGGGAAGAAUGUCAAAGAUGUGGGGUUGGAUCCAAUGCAGGAUUCACUGGGAACUUCGUCAGACUCACCCUUGAAGUUCGAGAUGCUGCAGAGAUUGAUUAUUGAACUUUGGCAAACUUGCAAUGUUUCAUUGGUCCACCGGACAUACUUCUUCCUACUUUUUAAAGGUGACCAAAUGGAUUCUAUUUACAUGGAGGUAGAGGUUAGGCGACUUUCCUUCCUCAAGGAAACCUUUUUAAAGGGACAUUCAGCUGUGCAAGAUGGUCGGACUCUGACAUGGACCUCCAGCAUGAAAUCACUUCGCCGUGAGAGGGAGAUGUUGAGCAGGAUGAUGCAAAAAACGUUUUCAGAAGAGGAAAGAAAUAGAAUCUAUCAGAAGUGGGAUAUCAGUUUGGACUCAAAGCGUAGGAGGUUGCAGCUGAUCCAGCGCUUGUGGAGUGAGACCAAGGAUAUGAACCACAUUAGGGAGAGUGCUGCAAUUGUUGCGAAGCUGAUCCGGUUCUCAGAACAAGGACAGGCCCUCAAGGAAAUGUUUGGGCUUAGCUUCACACCUCGACGCAUGAGCCGGAGGUCUUUUGGCUGGAAACGCAGCAUGCCAUCCCUUUUGUAAGUUUAAUUGUAUGCAACCAGAUUGACUACCUAAUGUUCAUUGAUGAUUGUAACCAAAAACCGAAUUUCGAGGAUUGUGGCAGAAUUAUAAUUUUUUUGUUAGUUUCCUUAGGUUAAGAUGAUAUUGUGCACUGGAAAUUCGACAUUGUUUUUUUCUUCUUCUUCUUCUUCUUCUUUUUUGUGGUUCAUGGGUGUUGUAUUGUGAAUAUGAUAUGCUUGUAUUUGCCAAGAAAGAAAAAGAAUAUGAUUUGCUGGUUCAACAUUGCUCUUUGUCAAG